AUGACACUCAGGCCAAGAGAGGUGGAAGAUGACUUUGUGAGAGAGCAGAAUAGACUCAGGCUCAAUCCUACUAGUUUUAUUGGUGAUUUGCAGGAUUUGGUAGAUAACAGGGAUCCUUACUCGUUCAAAACAAAAAUUGCUCUUGAGGCACUUGAUGGAAAGAAUCUUGAUGAUGCAGUCUAUGAUACAAUUAUGUACUUGAGGAAUGUUGACUCGACCCACUCAUUGAAGCAUUCAAGAAACCUUGAGAAGGCAGCAAAGGAAUACUUCAUGCUAGAGAACCCAGAGGAGAGACUUGCUGAAAGAGUUGAGUACUUUUGUGAUUGGGAAGGCCAGCUAAACGAGAUUGUUCAUUACACUCGCCGAGGAGUAAAUGGAAGAGAUAUUUUGAUCAACAUUCUCAUCUCAGAUGAAGAUGAUACCAAUAAGGAUAUCAUCUUCAGCCAUGACUUCAAGUAUUUUGGAGCAAAGGUUGGACAAAACUAUGAUGAUGAAUAUUGUGUCGUCCUCACUUAUGCCUCAUUUUUGGGCAAAGAUAUCGAGCUUGAUAGAAGACCUUACGAAGGAGAGAUUGAAUAUAAAUUUGACGAACUCCACGAUCCAGCCUUCUCAGAAUAUGAUGUCAGGAAAAUGAAUAGAAAGAAUUCUAGAAGAAGAGUUAAAUAUGAAGAGGCUGACAAUUCGAUUAAGCCUGUUCACAAACCAAGGAGUAACUAUUAUCUUGAGGAAACUCCUGGAAAUCAUGACAUAGCUACAUUCGAUGACAGAUCUUAUAUUACCAAUGAAUUAAGCAGAGGAACUAUGGAUAUUCUCACUAAAGACCCUCUUGAUAAGCCGAUGUAUGACUACCGUUACUCAAAAUACGGAGGGAGAAAUACUCACAGCUGCAAGGAUCCAAGAAAUUUUGAAGAGGACCGCUCAGUCGAACAGACUUUCACAGUAAGCGAUGAGUAUAAAACACCUGGCCACUACCGCAAUAAUUUAGGAUAUGGCAGAGGAUCAAGAAAAAUAUCCCAGGUCACCAAGUCAGUAGAUAGAAGAUAUGGAAGAGCAGGCACUGUUGUCCAGAAAGAAGUUGAUAAGGGAUACGAAGAUGAUCUCAAACAAACUCUUGUUCCUAGCAGAUUUACUUCGAGAGGAGGAUUUACUGCACAAAAGUCAAAGUAUAUCAAUGAUGGAAAUGAUAUGUAUGCUGACUAUGUUAAGAAGGAUCCUUUUGAAUUAAAUGAUAGAGUAAAGAAAACUUAUACAGUGACUAAAGAUGAUUAUUUCGAAGAACCUGACUACUACAAUUCAAGAUAUGUAAGAAAAUCAGGAUUUGGAAAGACAGCAGCUAUGAGAGACUAUGCUUCAAAGAUAGACUACGACAGACCUCUGACCUCUACUGGAAGAUACUACGAAGAGCGUAAUACCUACACCAAGCCAAAUUUUGACGCUGCCAAGCACUACAAACGUAGAAGCACAGUUUUCAAAAGUAAUCUCAGAACCCCCAAAUCAAGGAAGAGUACCUUCGCCGAUGAUUUCCACUCCAAGGGUAGCCUAACUAGUAGGAACACCAGAGGCUAUUCAAAUGCUGGCAGGCUCACCUACCUAAACAGAGACAACGUCACCUCCAAAGAAUACGACCUGUUCGACAGAUUCUAAGUACAAAAGUUGACGAAUUAGCUAGCACUUAAGUUAAUAAGUUGUUCAACCAAUCG